AUGCCCUGCAGUGGCGACGCCACCCAGACGUGUGGUGGGCCGGUUCGAAUCAACGUCUUCGACAAUGGGCAACCGCCACCUGUAAUCGUUCAGAGCAUCAAGGCAGGAACGGGUUUAUGGACCUACCAAGGCUGUUUCACCGAUUCGGUUGCCGCGAGAACUCUGGGUACGGGGGUGAAUAUCCCUGGAGGCACGACAGCUGCGUCGUGCACUGCUGCAUGCCAAGCAGCCGGUGAAUUUCUCAACGCAGGUAUCGAGAAUGGACACGAGUGUUGGUGUGACAAUGCCAUUCAUCCGCCAACACAGCGGACGUCUGACGCUGACUGCCGAAUGUUGUGCGAAGCGAACCACGACGAGUAUUGCGGCAAUGCUAAUCGUCUCGCAAUUUACCAAUUCUCGCCGUCGGGUGUACCCCCAGGCCCACAAGCGUGUUUGGACACUUCGUUGACGAAUUUCACGCUGAGGGCACAGUUCAAGAAUCCUCCAAUCGAAGGCCCAUCUUCCGUCCCGCUGAAGAUCGUUACAGUGGAGAUGGUUAGAAAUGUGCUUUGGACAGUACUUUCGGCUUGCUCGCUCUGCUGCUCAGAAUGGCCAAGCUAUAGCCUCCAAAAUUCAAUCUUCGCUCCACGCUCGGUUGCGAUCCCGACUCAAGAAAUGGCUUCAACAUUUACGAAUGACGGAGAGUCGCCGAAUUUCGUUGCCUCAAUUCCUGCCUUUCCUGGAUCGCAGUCGUAUUGCAUCAUGAAUGACAACGCGGCUCCGAUCAGCAGCCCGCCUCUACUCGCAUUCGACAAUAAAGCUGAUGCGUUCUCUUUGUGUACUAACACCAGCGCAAACGGCCGGAAGGAUGUCGUCUUCUCGCCUGUUACCGGACACCCUCAUUACCUAUUGGAUGACUGCCAGCCUAUCAACAUUCAAGUGCUCACGUAG